AUGAAUUAUGUACGAGUAGGACGUUUUUGUACAUGGAUUCUAAUAUUUAUUUUAUUUUUUUACGCUAUUUUAUCAAAUAUAUUGAUUGAAAAUGAUAAUAACAAAAUUUCGUCAUGGCCAAGUUUAUUAAAAUCAAAUUAUUUUAAAGUUAAACAAAUAUUUGAUAUAACAAUCAAUAAUAAAAGUCUUCCUAAAAUACUUAUUGUAUUGGGUACACGUCCAGAAGGAAUAAAAUGUGCUCCAUUAAUUGCUGAAUUAAAAUCUGAUUAUUAUCGUUCAAAAUUUCAAAUUAUUGUUCUUAGUACUGGUCAACAUCGAGAAAUUUUGCAACAAAGUUUAAUGGCAUUUAAACAAACAGUUGAUAUUGAUUUAGAUUUAAUGAUGAAUAAUCAAACUUUAUCUGAUUUAUUUCAUCGAAUAUUUUUUCAAAUAAAUGAACAAAUAAAUAUAAUUAAACCAAAUUUAUUAAUUGUUCAAGGUGAUACAACAACUGCACUUGUGUCUGCUUUAGUUGCUGCAUAUAAUCAAAUUCCAGUUGCACAUGUUGAAGCAGGUCUUCGAACAUUUAAUUUAUCAAAUCCAUUUCCCGAAGAACUUAAUCGAAAAAUAAUUGAUUCAUUUGCUAAACUUAUGUUUGCACCAACAACAUUUGCGAAAGAAGUACUUAUUCGAGAAGGUGCUUGUGAAACAGAUAUAUUUAUAACUGGUAAUACUGGUGUUGAUGCAUUCUAUCAAUAUUAUAAACAAAAAAAUCCAAAUAAAAAUAAUUCAAUAUUAAGAAUAAUUGAUAAUUUUAAAAAGAAUUCUAUAAAUAAAACUCGUCCAAUUGUUAUUCUUGUUACUAUGCAUCGAAGAGAAAAUUUUCAAUAUUUAUCUGAUAUGUGUCGUGCUAUAAAAACUAUAGCUAAUGAACAUACUAAAGAUAUUUUAAUUAUUUUACCUGUUCAUCCAAAUCCAAAUGUUAAAAAUGUUGUAUUAAAAAUUUUAAAUAAAUUAGAUAAUGUUAAAAUUGUUGAUCCAAUAUCAUAUGAUAUAUUCGGAUAUGUUUUAUUAGAAUCAGAUAUAAUUCUGACUGAUUCAGGUGGAAUUCAAGAAGAAGCAGUUAGUAUUGGUAAACCAGUUAUAUUAAUGAGAAUGACAACUGAAAGACCUGAAGGAAUUUAUCUUGGUACAAUUAAACAAAUUGGUAUUUUUUAUGACGAUAUUAUAAGAGCAGUUAAUGAUGAAUUGAAAAAUAUUAAAAUAAUGAAUCAAACAACAAAAAGAAAUAUUUUUGGUGAUGGAACAGCAUCAAAACAAAUUGCAACUAUUAUUGAAAAUUAUUUUUCCGGAAAAUAUAAAUCAAAUAUAAAAUGUAUGACAAAAUUUCGUCAAGAUUCUAUUGCUCAAUUUGUUUAUUCAUAUAGAAAUAUAUCAUCACAUACUAUUAGACGAAAUAUGAUGAUAAAUUUAACAAAAGUACAACCAGCUCUUACUCUAAAUGAAAUACUUAAAAUUCCUAGUCAAUAUAAUAUAUCAAAGAAAAACGAGGAUAGAUUUGCACUUACUGCUAUUAUUGGAUUAUAUAAACGUGAAGGUUUAAUUCGACGAUGGAUUGAAGCACUUCUUUUACAAACACAUCCACCAAAAGAGAUUUGGUUGGUCCAUUUUGCUUCACCUAUUGCAGAUAAACUUGAUCUUGAAAUUAAAGAAAUGCGUUCAUUAUUCUAUAAUGGAUCAAAUUAUUGUAAUAAAUGGUGUAUAGAAAAUAAAUGUAAAAUGAAUAAUACCAAUAAUAAUGGAAUUAAAUCUAAUUGUACCAAACAAUGUAUAGAAUUUUGUAUGAAAUUACCUUCAAUGUUAUUCGUAGGUAUGGGAGAAAUGCAAUUAAAAUAUUUUGGAAGAUUUCAAUUUGCACUACAAUGUCGAACAAAAUAUGUUAUUGUAUUUGAUGAUGAUUGUAUACCGCAAAAACGAUAUUUAGAAGUUGCAAUGUAUACAAUUAAUACAAAAGAAUAUCGAGGUAUUUUAGGAACUAAAGGUACACCUACGUCGGAAAGUUAUUAUUAUGGUCCUGUAUCAAAUAGUAGUCAAAUAAUUGAAGUUGAUGUAGUUGGUGGAAGCUGGUUUAUGGAAAGUGAAUGGAUUAAACUUAUGUUUCAUGAUAAAAUAUAUUCAUGGAAUACUGGUGAAGAUUUUCAUUUAUGUGCAAAUGCACGGAAAUAUGCUAAUAUUAGAAGUUUUGUUAUGCCUAUUGAUAAAAAUGAUGAUACGACACAUUCAUUUACAAAAGAUUAUUUCGGUAUUAGUAAGAAAGGAGAUACAACUGGAUUCGUACAUGGAACAAGACCAAGUAGACAUUUUAUUAGAGAUGAAUUAUGGUUACGUGGUGAUCGUUUAAUGAGUAGUUAUCAAUCAUCAAAACCAUCAUUAUUAUUAUUUGCAGAAACACAACAUGAUACUAUGUUAUUAAUAUCACUUGUACAACAACAGAUGAUUCAACUCGGUGGUUUAAUUCAUUUUGCAACUUCAAAUAUGUUAAAAACAGAUAUAGAAAUGAGUAAAAUUAAAAAAGAAUUUCGAUCAAUUCAUGAUUUUAUGAUUGGUCGUGAUUUUACUAUGGAUCCAACACCUAUUACUGCUGCAGCUGAAAUACAUUAUGGAUUUGAUAUGGUUAUGCAAGGUACACAAAGUACAACAGUGAUUAUUCUAGGUUCUUCAUCUACAAUAAAUAUGUUUGCAUUAGUAUCAGCAGCAUUCUUAAGAAAUAUUCCUAUUAUUAAUAUCUAUAUACAAGAUAAUAUUGUGGAUUUGAAAAGAGCAGAAGUAAUCAUGACAAUGUCUUCCUUUACUAUUCGAACUUUUACUAAUCAAACAUUUAGUAACUUGCAAUCUCAACAGUUAAAUAACCUUCUAGUUCACCUUUAUAAAUAA